GGGCCCUUUACAGUAGGAUCGCAAUAUGGCAGCGGCGGUGGGCGCAGGGGUUGCCGCUGUCGGGGCUCUUUGCGCUUAGAGCCCCCUUCCCGCCUCCCCUCCCGGGCGGACGGAACCCCCAGGGUACCUCGGAGUCAGCCUUGCCCCGUCGCGUCCGACAUGAGGGAGAAGGGCCGCAGGAAGAAGGGCAGGACCUGGGCAGAGGCCGCCCGGACGGAAUAUCAUGGAGCCUUGCAGUCCAAAGAGUGCCUUGGAGUUGUCUGGUUUGGUGCUGAUGCUGCCCUAAAACACAAGUGGAUCUGGAAAGGAAUCAUGGAGUCCUGGGUGGUCUGCUGGCUCUGCACCAAGUGGUGGUGGGGAGUUAAGAAUGUGCACGACUUGUCUUGUGCUGGCACGUGUGGAGAGCAUCGGUGUUUGUGUGCCACUCCUACAGGAGCACAGAAGAGUGGAAAGGUCCUGGAGAAAUACCCUAAUACACCUAUGAGCCAUAAAGAGAUCCUUCAGGUUAUCCAGAAGGAAGGACUGAAAGAAAUCAGUGGGACUUCUCCUCUGGCAUGCCUGAAUGCCAUGUUACACACCAACUCCCGAGGGGAAGAGGGCAUUUUCUAUAAGGUGCCGGGCCGCAUGGGAGUCUACACUCUGAAGAAGGACGUUCCGGACGGGUUGAAGGAGCUCUCUGAUGGCUCGGAGGAGAGCAGCGAUGCCCAGUCCGACUCCCAGAGCUCCGAGAACUGCAGCAGCAGCAGCAGCAGCAGCGACGGGUGCAGUAACAAAGACGGGAAGAAAAGCAGAUGGAAAAGGAAAGUGUCAUCUAGACUGUCACAGACAUCCUCCCCGCAGUCAGGCUGCCCGUCACCUUCCAUCCAGACAGGCAAAGUCAUCUCCUCGUCCCAGAAGCACAGCAAGAAGGCGCUCAAGCAGGCCUUGAAACAGCAGCAGCAGAAGCAGCAGCAGCAGCAAUGCAGAGCCGGCAUGCCCGUGUCCUCUAAUCAGCACGUCCUUCUGAAGCACGUCAAGGCAGCCAGUGACUCCGCACCGGCAAAAUCUACUUGGGAAGGCAAGCAGUCAGAUGGACAGUCCAGCAGCCCUCAGAACUCCACCUCCAGUUCCUCUCCCUCUGUUAAGCUUGAUAACUCCUUGCCAGGGCUGGGGAAGAAACCAUUCCAGAGAUCUGACAGGCUCCAUGCAAGGCAGCUGAAGAGAACAAAGUGUGCUGAAAUUGAUGUGGAAACUCCCGACUCCAUCCUGGUGAACACCAACCUGCGGGCACUGAUCAACAAGCACACCUUCUCUGUUCUGCCCACGGAAUGCCAGCAGCGCCUGCUGCUGCUGCUGCCCGAGGUGGACAGGCAGGUCGGGGCGGAUGGUUUGAUGAAGCUGAGUGGCUCUGCGCUCAACAACGAGUUCUUCACUUCAGCUGCCCAAGGCUGGAAGGAGCGGUUGUCAGAAGGUGAGUUUACACCAGAAAUGCAGCUAAGAAUACGGCAAGAAAUAGAAAAGGAAAAGAAGGUCGAGCUGUGGAAGGAACAUUUUUUCGAGAGCUACUAUGGCCAGAGUUCCGGACUAAGUCCUGAAGAGUCGAAGAGACUGACAGCAAACACCAGCCCUGCCGAGACAGAGCCUGAAAAGGCAGCAGCUGAACAGCCAAAAUGCGCGCCAGCCGCUCUGGCGCCGCUCAAAGAGGAGGUUCCUUCUCCCCUAGAAUCUAAAGCACAAGCAGUCCAAGAAGCACCAGCGAUGAAAAGAGCAGGAGAGGAAAGAAGAGAGGACACGCAGCCCAAAGCAGCCAAACCCGCGGAGGCCUCAGUUUCCCCGGGUGGGUGCGCAGUGAAACCUGGCGACCGCUCUCUGCCUGUCAAGGAGAGGGUCCCGGGAGAAGCCAUUCCGGAGAAACCACAAACUGCUGUGAGUCAAAAGCCUGAAGAAGAGAGAAAGCACGCUGCCUCGAAGGAAGUGCUCGCGAGAGAGACUGUCAGUACCUCAGUUUUGGCCCCGAGUAAACCAAAGAGCCCCGAAGCAGGGGAAGUAGUAGCAGACGUGAAAAGUCCAGUGGUUGCCCCAGAACCACCAGAAAAGAAGCCCCCUGUAAGCGAAGAAAUGGAAGUCAGCGUUGAAGCCCAUAAGAGGAAGUCAGAGAGUCAUGAAGAAGCUCUGACCACUCCUGAAAAAAAGCCUCGCAUGAUGGAGAACUGCCAGCACCGCCAGGCGUUUCGGGCCCAGCCCCAGUCCUUUCCUGCGGCGGGGACCCCGGUGCCACGGGUGCCCCCACUCAAGAUUCCUGUUUCCAGAAUCUCCCCGAUGCCAUUUCCAGCGGGCCAGGUCUCUCCCAGGGCGCGUUUCCCCAUCUCAUUUACCAGUCCGGGAAGAACUGGGGCCAGAACUUUGGCAGACAUCAAGGCAAGAGCCCAACAAGCCAAGGCUCAGAGGGCAGCGGCUGCUGCCGCCGCCGCCGCCGCUGCCGCCGCCUCGACGGGGGGGGCUGUCCCGGGGCCGGGACCGGGCGGCGGCGGGGGCCCACCGGGCGGUGGAGGAGAGAAGAGUAACGCAGCGGCAAGUGGAACCAACGAAACUGGAAUUCGAGGAAAUGCACUGGAACUGGCAGGAACUGGAAGCGGGGGAAGUUCGAGAAGGUUCCUUCCCCAUUGUCCAGGGACAUCUACCCAAAUGGAGACCCAGGCCCCGGGCCCGGCACCGCCUCACGAUCCUUCUCGAGCACAACUACAGCAGACGUCCGCGCUGCAGCCCAGAACUGCAGCCGGCAGCACGGGCACCAGCUCCCCCCCAGCAGCGGUGUCGGCGUUAGAGAAAACCCACAGGACGAACCAGAGCCCCCCCAGUGUGACUGUGGGCCAGGUUUCAGGCUCCCCGUAUGCUGGCAGCGGUGACAAACAAGAGAAAGCACCUUCUGCUCCGGCAGGUCCGAGCCAGGCCUGUGGGGCAGCAGCUGUCAGGGAUGGAACAGGCUGUGUCACCGUGUCCACAGCAGACACCAGCACAAACCUAACGAAGGUAGCAUCCACGGCCUCAGGAGGGACCGGCGCAGAUGUUUCUAAAAGCAAAUCUCCUUCCCCUCCCAUGUCUUCACUGACAUCCGCGAGCUCAGAAGCCCAGGCUGGAGGUGUGGUCCCAUCUGUCCCACCCUCUAGCACCUCCCCAGCAGCGCCCAGCCUUAAAACGCACGCGAGCUCAAGCGGGGCCCUCCCAAAACCAAGCUCCAGCAUUCCUGCGAACAACCCUUUGGUCACCCAGCUUCUUCAAGGCAAGAAUGUCCCUCUGGAGCAAAUCCUGCCGAAGCCUCUCACCAAAGCAGAGAUGAAACCGGUCCCGUUAGCCUCUCCUGAAGAAAAAGGGGCAGCGGCAGCAUCCAGCGCUCCAAGCCUAGCCGGGGGCGGCGCUGGAGCCGAGGGUGGUGAAAGACAAUCGAGUUUACCCACACAACAGCUUGGGAAGAUCUUUUGCCAGAACAGGCCUCUGCCUCACAUUCCAAGGACCUUUCCGCUCCCCUCGGGAAAGGACCCCGGUCCUGACCAGCACCAGUGCCACGAGGCGCUCAGCAAAACAACGCAAGAGCAGAUCCUUCAGACUCUUAUCAAGAGGGUCCAGAGGCAGAAUUUGUUGCCGGUCCUUCAGCCUUCGCAACUGAACCUCACCCCCUCGGGUUUCCAGUUAGAGAACAGCUCCACCAGCCAGCGAUUCAUGCUGGGUUUCACGGGCAGAAGGACAUCCAAGCCUGCCAUGUCUGGUCAUUACCUGCUCAACAUUUCCACCUACGGUCGUGGUUCGGAGAGUUUGAGGAGAGGCUUCUCCUUGAACCCUGAAAACCGCUCGUGUCUGAACAGUCCUGCUGAUGCUCCCAAAGCGGAAUUUGGGGAAUGUGAGGAGACAGCUGGCCAGGGCAGCAGCAGCGACGAAGGGGAUGCAGAUGAUGAGAGUACUGGUGAUGAACGUGAGCGUAUGAGUGUAAAAGAGGAGCCCCAGGCUGCCCAGGUUUCUGGUCAGUGCGAAAGAGAACAGGUACCACAUAGCGUAAAUCCGUCGGAUCACAGCGCCCUUGCUAAAAAGGGCGUAAAGACCGAAGCAGCCACGUCUCAGCAGGCAGCAGGCGGCAAGGAGAACGUUCAGGCCUUGGACGGAACUACGUUAGCACGGGAUUUCAUUCAAGCCGCUCAAGAGCAAAUGGCACAUGCAAUGAGGGGGAAAAUGCACAGCAACACGGAGCUUUUCAGUCCUUCUGUCCCGUCCUCGGACUCUGCGCAGCAGCAGCCUCCGCUGCUCCCUCCUGCGCACCCUCCAAAGCUCUCUGGAAGCGCUGCAGCACAGCUCAUCGGGCCCAGUUACAGCGGGACAAUAAAUGUCUCCACCUCCCCGGACGUGAACCAAGGGUCUCUCAUGAGCGGGCUGUCGGAAUGCAAUCAGUUGUCCAGCAGCAUGGGGAACGUCAUGUCCUUCUCCGUGACUGUAACCACCAUUCCCACCAGCCAAGCUAUGAACUCUGGCAGCCACGGUCAGGCCAUCCCCGUUCAAGCCUUCGCUGAAGACAGCAGCAUGGAGGAUUCCCCUUCCAAAUGUUACUGCAGGUUGAAAGCCAUGAUCAUGUGCAAGGGCUGCGGUGCCUUCUGCCAUGAUGACUGCAUUGGCCCCUCUAAGCUCUGUGUCUCCUGCCUCGUGGUGCGGUAACCGGGACGGGAGGUGGGGAAGAGGAUGGCUUGAUUUGGGGUUUGCUUUCGGAAGUACAAUGGGAAGAAACAGGAAAUUUACUGCCUUGCACAAGAGACACGUUACCGAAUCAGGAAUACAGAGUAGAGUUCUUCUUUCAUUAAAGAAAGAGCACCUUCUUGUACAGUGAGUCUAAAUUGAGCUCAACUACGUGAAUUGUGACAAGAGUUUGCACUUAAGGAAUUAUGUAAAUAUGUCACAUUAUUUUGUUUAAAAAUAUUUUUUCAGUCUUCUAGGAGAUAGCGUUUGACUCGUACUGCAGUUUCAUUAACCCCAGCCUGCUCUCCAGCAUCUUUGCUGAGCUCUGCUCUAGAUGGGGAGCGAACCCCCGGCAAAACCUCAGCCUGAGCUUGGGCUUCUCUUGACCAAGAGAAGAACUGGAUAAUCAAGAAAGGAAUCGUUCGUGCUGACUGACGGGAGCACCGAGGCAGCGAGCCCUGACUGGGCGCACUUGGUUGCUCGAAAUUUUAGUUUGAAUUUUUCGGAGUAGGAAGGCGUUAAACGUUGUACCAGCCUUUCAAGUAAUUGCCUUUCCCUUGUGAGCGGGCCGUUCCCGAAGGCGUACUGGGUUGUGCAAUAUUGGCUGGCGUUUCUGAUGCGCAUAUCCUCUCCGCUUCACGGAGGCAGUUGCAGUAACCUUGUUUUAAGGAAAGUAGCGUCUUCAUUUGCCACUGGUAAAUAACUCAAAAAGGCAACUGAUCUAACCAUAGGAGCCCAGAAUUUAAAUCACUAAACCAACUCGGUAACGGUGAUGACGGGGAAUCCCAGGAACCAUUUAAAGCAGAGAUCACAAACACGUGCUGAACUGCAUUUCAUGUCUGGCCUGCCGGGACCCGGCAGAGCCCUGCGUUUUUACGAGGCGUUUGAGUGAGCCGGGAGGCGCCAUCCCGCAGUCAGGAGCCGUCGGCUGUGACAGCCCGGGACGCGAGUGGAGUGCACCGAGCGUCACCCUCGGUCCCGCGGCUUUCUAGGAAGCUUUUUCUGUGCUCAUCCAACCUCCCCGAUAGGCAGACUUGGCCAAUUUCUAGAGAUUUUCUAUUUAGGUAAGGGUAGGGACAGGAAAACAAGUGUCUUGUUGGGCCUCGCGUGAGCCCGCUGGGGGCGUCUCUGUGUUUUUCGAUACCAAAUGGGGCCUCGUCCCCGCUCGGGGUCUGCGCAGCCGCGGUCCCGGGCCGGGCUGGGGCUGGGGACAGGGCUCCGCACCCCUCCGACCCGAGCCUGGGACACGGCCAGGGACGCGCCUCCUCGCUUUCAGCCUUCAAAAUCCAUUCACUUGGAUUAAUGGAAAUCAAAGCAGUUACAAAAUGGUACUCUGUUCUCAAGAACUGACGUCAGGCUGGCUAACGAAGCACACGCCAAUCUGCAGUUUGAGGUAUUGCAACACGUCCGCGUCCCGUCGAGGGUUUAUGUGGCGUUUCUCUUGGGAAACCAAGCCCACGGGGGUCACUAAUCCCCUCCGGUCCCGUCUUGUCGCUGUGGGGGGCGGGGGGGGGCCAUCCUGCACCUCGGUCAGGUAACGGAUCGUUGUAUCUUUUUUGAUGGCAAAGCACUGAAUUCACUUUUAAUCCAAAGGCCUUUUUAAGAUGAAGCAAUAUUAACAAAAUAGGUGGGACGGCUGGUUUGCGAGGGGUCCUCAGCCUUCCCUUUUCUCCCCCUGUGACUGCCGCGGCGCUCCCCUCGCCCGGAACCCCGGAGCUGUCGGGAAAGAGCAGAAAUACCCACCUGGGAAGCGGCGGGGUUUGCCGGGAGCGGGUGGUGAUUUACUUGGUAGCGAUAAAGAAAAGGAGCGUUGCAGCCGCCGUGGCAUCGUGACAGAGGCGCUUCCCGCCCUGCCCAGCAGAGCCGGCCGCCUCCCAGCAGGGUGCGUGGUGUGCGGGCGCAGGGGCUGCCGCGCACCUUCGUCUUGCUUAUCGCUAAUUCACUGGGGAGCAGUGACCCCUCCUUUCGAACGACGCAGCACAGCUCAGACAUCCAGUGACGAAGAGGAUUUAAGUAGUAGAAAUAAAGUCAAAUUUUUUAAUCUGUAACUGAAAUCUCAAAAAAUCCCCCCGAAACCCUACGCACAAAUUCCUCCCAGUGUUUCCGUCGUGCUGCGCAGGCGCUGGCGGAGGCUGUAGCCCACGAACCACCCCGGCUUCGGCGUGUUCCCCCCGCUCGGCGCGUGCGUGCCUGCGGAGCGGCAGAGGUUGGCUUCUCCCGUUGCAGCCCAGGCGCCGGAGCGGGGAUCAUCCCCCUGCCCGGGCCCGACUGGUCCAUCAGCGCGGCGCAGCCCCCACCGCCUGCCUCCCUCUCCUGGGCUGGGAAAGGGAUUUCUGCCGGAUUUUUAACUGUGGGGAGGCAGUGUGAAACGGGUGGGAGCUGCGUGCCCCGAGGGGUCGCGCUGGGAGCAGGGUCUGUCCCGUCCCUGUUACUCCAGCCUUGUCUGGACGUGCAGAGGCUCCGGCGGUGCAGUAAUCCUCAGGCCGACACGUUCGUUCCUGGCUACGGCAGAUCCCCGGCAUAAUCCGAUUUGAAGAUCGGUGGUAGUUACAGAAUAAACCGAAAAAGUCAUUCUUGCCCCAAAUAAGAGCAAAGCGGUUUUGCUGGCGUAAUUGGAUCAAUUCUGUUCGUACCUUGGCUCUAUCGGUGUGGUUUUCUGACAAGGCGUGAGGGGAAGGAGACGGGGCGGGAGCAGCGGGCCGUGACCUCGCUCUUCGCGCGCGGGUUUUUAACGCCGCCGGGGCUGGGAAAGGCUGUUCCAUUGCUCCUCUCGGCACUUGCCAAAGCCGUCACCGCCCCGGCCGAGGGGCCGGCACGUUCCUCCCUUGGAAUGUCACACGCGGCCCCUGCCGUGCGCGGGCUGGGUUUUCUGUGCCGCGGACGCUCCUGUGAGCCCGCUCGGGAAGGGAAGGAGCUGCCGUUGGAGCGUGGUCCCGCAGGGAAGGCGCCUGCCCGCUGUCACCGUCCUGGGCUGGGACAUGCGGCCACCGCCAAGGGCUCCGGGGCUCCAGAGCUGUGUGGGCGUCCUGCGGGAUGACCUGGAAGUUUACAACCCCGUUCAGUGCCUUAGGGAUAUUUUAACGGAUCAGCACUUUUCUCGGGCUACUUUUAUUCUAUUUCUUUUUAAGAAAAUAAAUUCUUUUAACUGCACAUCUUUGAUUUUAACGUAUGCGAUGAGCUCCCCGCUGCAGCUUGAUGGACCAGUCUCCACAGGCCUGCAAGAGGGCAUUAAGUAGUUAGGAAAUCGUUAGAGAUAACGGGCUCAGUGUAAUGAUCGCUUGCAGGUGGACAUAAAUCCGUGACGGCUUUGCGUGUUCGACAGCGCUGGUUACCGAGUGACGCGUUUGAGAAGGGGGAAAUCCCGCAGCCCGUGCCGAGCGUUCCCGCUGCCGCCUCGCUGCCGAGCCUCCUCCCGCUGCCCCCCCAUCCCUGCCCUUCCCGCUGCUCCUUCCAGCAGGAUCGUAGACCUGCCUUCACGCGGCGUUUAUCAAUAGAAGGGGCGUCGUGACGCAGUUGGAAGCAUUACGCUUCCGUUCCCCAGAGGUGAACAGCACUCUAGUAAAUGCUGUCACGAAAGAAAUCCGAGAUAAAAUGUGUUCAAAGCCUAACGUCAAACUAUGUCUGUGGCAGCAAAAGCAGCUUGAGUAAGAGAUACUCCCAUUUAAAUUCUCCCUUUUGGGCCGUGUCCAAGUCCUGCAGCAGGAGAGCUGGAAGCACAGGCUGCCCCACGGGGCUUCGCUGGCCAGAGCGACCCCCCGGCGGGGGCUGGUGCCGUGGGGGAGCGGGGGCCGCUCCCUGCGGGAGGUCCGGUUUUGAGGUGGGUCGGUAGCACGGGGCAGGGAUUUUGCGUGAAAUUUUAAUGUCCCUCCUUAAAUCAGAAGGAAAGACCAAGACGCUUCGCAGCUGCGCUGGCCCAGGGGCCUUUCUCCUUCUUGUGGCAAUAAGAAAUAGCUGAUGGUGGAGCCGUUGACAGCCAGGAGGUGUCCUCGGGUCGGAGGGGGGUCCUUCACGCUGCUGCAGCCCCAGCAGGGACCAUCCCGGGGCCGGUCCCUGCCGACAUGCCCACAGUGGGAGACCGGAGCUGGCCUUGGGCUUCUCCGUUCCGGGGGGGCUCCGUCUCACGCUUCAUUUAAACCACUGGGCUGUGGGGGGCCACCAGGAGGCGACCAGCACCAGCCCUGCCCGGGACCCUCCCACCUUCCCCAGCGCCGGUUGGGCUUCAGCGCUGCGCAGCCACACGAAUGGCCGUGGGGACAGAGGUGGUGGCAGCGCGUGGCCUGUGGUGGGGCUGGCGGCAGAAGCCACCACCGCUCCGGUGGCCCGGUCUUCUGGGAGAAGAGCGGGGUUGGGGUGUUCCCCGGGAAGGGGCCUGAAGGCCAGCAGCUUCCUUCGUGGCACGGCCUCCCCAGGGACGCGGGAAGCCCUGGGGACACGGUUGCGUUCCUCUCGGGAGUUCCGCUUAAGGCGAGCUGUUGGAAAGCCACCGUUGGCGUCGGCCCUGGCGUCGCGCCGCGGCUCUGCUGGCCCCGGGCGUCGGUGGAGGAGGGUCCUGGGGCCGGGCUGGUUUGAACUUCAGAGUCCCACCUCGGAAAACGCGGCGGCGGGAGGGCGAGGCUGGGGUGCGCACACUGGAUCACCCCGGCCGUAGCAGGGAUUAAUGGCUGCGGGGGGAGACGAGCGCCCCCGGGCACCCGCAGCCCCGGCAGGGGCUCUGCCAGCGGCGCCUCCCCUGGGGUCGUGGUACCCACAACUUUCUUUGUUGCCUAGGUUGUUUUUUUUAAUGCUAUACAUUUGAUAUAACAGAAGAUCAAUUUUAAGAGCUUACAGUAAUAUAUUUUAAGUAAUAUAUAUUUUAGUAUCUGUAAAAAAAAAAAAAAGACAGAGGAUGAUUUAUGGAGUAGAUAAACAGGGUAUGGGCGUGUGCAGUUCCUCAGCCAGGCCAAGGGUAGUUUUACAAGCAGGAGAAAUGAAGAGAGUCAGUUUUUUUUCCAUUAAUGCAAUAAAAAUGGGAAUUCUUAAAAAGAAGAAAUCCGAUACUGUUUACCACGUGCUUUUCUUGUUUUGACAACAGGCCUGUAAACGCAGUUUAGAAGAUACUAAACCUUUGUCUGUCUUUUGCCUUUUUAAAAGGGACUUAAAUUGGAAUAGAGGGUAUGUACAGAAAAAUCAAGUUGACACCAUUUAAAAAUGUAUUUUUACACAAAUAAUAUAGAAAAAACCAUAUUUUACAUAAGAAUUUUAAGUAUUUGAAAUAUGUAUAUAUAUACUGUAUGUACUUCAUAUAUUCUUUAUUUUACAUUUUCAAUGUAUUAAAAAGUAUUUGAGCUGGCUGGAUUUGAGCACGUAAUAAUGUUUAAAAGCCAAAGGGCCAGAGGGCGAGAGGAUGCGGCAGCUGCGGGGCCGCGCAGGAGCCCACGCCGUCGGGAGGAGCCGAGCAGUUCCAGGCAGGGCACAGGGAGCGCUUCGCAGCCCCGUGUCCCCUCGGGUUCCGUUAAUAUUCGCCCAUUUGCCUCGUAACGGCCCAGAAUAAAUCGCUGGUGAGAAGACGAGACUCGAGGUGGAUCUUCCGUACAACGGCGCUACCGCCAGAGCCAGAGAGCUGCUGCUACCGAAGCUGCUCAACCAAAACAAAAUCGGAAGCUCCCGGGUUUUGCCGUGCCGCUGCCGUGUUGAUAAAUAGCUGGAUUCCUCGUGUGAGCAUCUUGCGGUGCUUAUGGGGAAUUCAAACCGUGCACCAAGAGUCCGAUGAUUUCAAGGAAACACUACCAAAGCAGAUUAUUUUUUUGUAAUUUGUAGGAAUUCUGGUGAAAAUCUCGCUGCAGAGGGCGAUACGUCUUUGCAGCUCUUAGAAACGGAGUGAAUUCUCCUCAGGAACGGGAACCCGAGGUGCUCCCCGAGCAGGCGUCUGGCCCAGGCAGAGCGAAGGGCGGCCGGAGAGCGGCGGGGUGCGGAUCGGGGGGUCACGGCGCCGCGGGGAUCAACCCCAGCUACACGGCGCCGCACGUCAGCUUCCCCCGCUGCCUCCCGGCACCGCGUCCCGGGACCGUUCGUUACAGAGCAAAUAGCGCCUGUGCUGUCUCUGAGCGAUGGGGAGACCUGCAGCCCCUGCCCUUGCUGCUCCCAGUCCUGUGUGUGUGUAUACACACAUAUAUAAAACACAUAUGUAUUUUUAUAUAUAUAUCACAAAUCUCUCCUGGGAGAAAGGUGUCAGCGGCCCCGCAGCGCAGGAGGGACGGUGUCCCUGCCGCAGCCCCUUGUCCGUGAUGCCCAUUUUGGCUCAGAUGAAUCUCAAGCGACAUUUACACUAUUCCGCUGGCCCCGGCAAGGAGCCGCAGGACUCCCGGGCGCAAUGGGAGGGGUUACAGCAAUUCUCUGUCGCUGGGACUCGCAGGGAAGGAGACCUGGAUGUGGGAGAAGAAGCAUUAACGAGUCAGGUUUUAAAAGUACAAAUCUGAGACCUGAAAAGGCAGGAAUAUGGUAUUUUUAUACUGCUACAAUUAUCAUUGGAAUCUCUUGAAAAAAUCAAAACGUAGCAGGCGACGCCGUGUCAAAAUGUGCUAGGGCCAGGCGGAGGGGGCUCUCGUGCCGUAGGCACUUGCAGCGUAAGGAGGCCCCGCGGCUUGGGGGUGUACAUCCACAGAGCCUCUGGGGGCCGCGGGGGGUGCGUGUGUACGCACAGCCCGGGCUCAGCUGUGCGUCCAUCGAGACCAGCCCCACCUCAGUCCCCUGGCGACAUCACACCUUGCAAAGUCACCGCAGAGCUGAGACGGAAUUACAGCUUUUGGUUUUCAUGUUUAAGACACAUGGGUUAGACAAAAGAUAGAACAGCAACGUGUUUUGAUCUGCUGCACUUUUUACAAAAAACCAUUCCUUGUUCCCCUGGUAACGGCCGCAUCCCCCACUCCUCCCUACCCCGGCUUCAGGCAGAAAACACCGUUCAGUUCAGACCUCUCGGGUGCUGCACGAGGGGGUUUAUAUGGGGAAAGCUGGGCCCAGACUUGGAUUUUUGGAGGCGCCGGGGCCCCCAGGGCCAGCGCCGGGGACAUGAAGCAGCAGCAGCAGCGGCGCAGCCGUGGGGAUGAACACGCCGCAGUUUCCCAACCGGCGCAGCUGGAACCGCUCUGUUCCUGCGGAUGCUCCGGGCCCACGGGGGCGGGACAGGCGUCACCUGGAACCUCAGGGACAGAGGGUUCGGUUGCAGUUUUCUCUCCGGUGUCUGGAGCGGUACCGGCGGGCACCCGCGAACAGCCCACCUGGCUGGAUCCGCAGCGCCGUCCGUUGCCGUAAAUCUCUGCAAUUGGAAGCCCGUACCCUGGCACCGUCCGGUUGCAAAGUCAAAUUUAAAUAAGAAACGUGGCGAGGUUUCUAUGGGGAAAAAAAAGCAGCUGUAGUUGAGCAAAGGGAACCCCUGCGCGUUGGGAAGGCGCACGGGCCGGUUCCAGCAGGGAGAGCCGGGGCCCUCGUGCCGCGCUGUGCAGUUUGGCCAAGGGUGUUUUCUCAAGUUUUUCCCUCAUUUUGCUGUACCAGAUCCCACCCGAGCUUCUCACCAGCGUUCCCAGGGGCCUGAGGAGCGCUACGAACAGCCAGCGCCCGACCUGGCGCUGGAGGAUCCGCGUGCCCCUGGGGGACAGCACUUGGGCAAGCAAAAGCCCACCCUGUGGCUUGUGUCUUACUGUGGAGUCUCUUCCUCUUCCUCUCACUUAUUUUUGUCAUGUAAAACUACCUGCUUUAUAAAUGAAUGUAAAAUACAGUAGUUCUUCAGCACAUGGACAAAUGUGUAUUUUAUCUUAAUGUUUCAUUUUAUGUUAAAUAAAAAGCAUAUGAUUUUAUGGUCGGCAGUGCUGCUCGUGUUCAUUUGUCAAUGAAAUUUAAAUCUUUUCUUCCAAGGGACGCCGAGAAGCGAUGGUGCAGUACAUUUUUCUGGCUUUAUAAGCUGUGGACAGCUGUAAAUGUUUUUCGAUGUAUUUCACGGGGAAAACUUUGGUUUAAUACCCAGCCUUAAUAAACACGCUGCAGCUCCCUCAGGCCUCGCUUC